CUCCACCAUCCAUCCAUCCAUUCUCAUCCUCUCUACAACAUAGAAAACAUCAUGCUUUGACAGAACAAAGAGUGCGACCGCUACCAUUUUCAAAUCGGGCUUUUCGAAGCAUUGGCCUAUCUAUAUGCUGCAUUCGAAGCCAUCACAUUCGCCACAUCCCAUUCAAGCACACUUUUAUCAUCCAUCAUCACAUCCAACCACCCACCAGCGCCAUCACCAGCCAAACGUCUGCUCCUGCUGUCACCCGACGCGACGCUUUCGUGCAAUCACUUCCGAGUGGAUCGGAAUUCGUUCUGUUUGUCAAGCUUGGAUUUCAGUGCAAACACCUCUCAUUCUCUUGACAUUACCAUCUCGAUCCAAGACCUUGCAGCGAGCUCUCACUUAGCGCCUGCCGUUGGAUCAACCAAUUUAUAGCACAGACAUUACGACAAUCAAAUAACAGGCACAAACACACUUGUCCUUGACGACCCUGUGUCGUUUGCAGAUCAUCGAAAACAUCCUGUUUGGGAGACCGAGUUGAACUCACUGAGCCAUUCAUUCCGACCCCUGGUAUCAAUACUACACUUCCAUACACGAAAAUAAAUACCAUGUCCGGAAACCAACCACGUGGUCGCGGCGGCGGCCGUGGCGAUAGAGGCGCCGGCCAGCGAGGUCGUGGACGAGGAGAUUCCAGUGCUCCUCGUGGCGACUUUCAAGCUGGUCGUGGUCGAGGAGACUUCCAACCGGGUCGUGGCCGUGGUGAUUUUCAAGGUAACCGAGGUCGCGGCGGCGGGGGUCCUCCUGGCAGGGGCCAGUCGACCCAGAUGCCUUUCAGAGGUGGUAGAGGCGGUGCAGGGGGUGGAAGACCUCCUCCAGGUCGUGGGGGAAUCUAUUUGGAGAAUCAACCAGUCACGCCUCCUGACCCAGCCAUCACUGCUGCUGAAAAUGCCCUGGUGGUGCAAACCAAGGGCAAGAUCAUCGAUGACUUCCCUGGUCGCUCCGGGUACGGCUCCAAGGGCAAGGCUAUCGUCUUGCGAACUAAUUACUUCUCCCUAACCACCGCGUUUGAGGCCAACGUGAACGAAGUACCUCUCUAUCGCUACGAAGUGGAAAUUAAGGAGAUCAAGGACAUCAGCAAGCCCAAGCGUCGACGCGUCUUUGAUUCAAUCGUCGCACAUGCAGCCUUUGCCAACCUGCGAUGGGCUACUGAUUAUUCGAGCAUUAUUGUCACUACUGAGAAGCUGGAUCUGGAGAAGAUGAUGGCAGGCAAGGUGAUGGUGGAAGUCACACUUCCACCAGAGAACGGUGCCGUCGGCCCUUCUUCCGAGGGCGAUCAGCCUCCUGAAUUUGUCAAAGCAGCACGAGCCCGGAACACGUUCCAUUUCUGCCUUCAUGACAAGGGGUCUUUCAAUCCACGCGCCAUGGUGGAGUACCUCAAGAGCACCUCGGCAGGUGCCAUGUACCAGGGUCGCGCUGAUCUCAUUCAGCUCCUGAACAUCAUCAUCACGAAAGCUCCGAACGAGGCUGCCCAAGUCAAGGAUGUUGGAAAGAACUUCUACCCGUUUGGUACCCAUCCGGGAAUGGAGUCAUAUGAUCUUGGUCAGGGUCUCGAAGCUCUGCGCGGCUACUUCUCGUCGGUUCGCCCAGCCAUCGGCCGUCUUCUGGUCAACAUCAAUGUCACCAGCGGCGCAUUCUACAAGUCGAUGCAGCUGCUCGACUUGGUCAGAGAAGUCGGGUCGGGUAACGAUCAGGCAGAAUCGUUCAUACGUAUGCUCAAAGUUGAGGUACGUUACACGAAGGAUGGUCAAAAGGAAAUGUUCAUGAAGAAGGCGAAGACGAUUGUCGGCUUCGCGAAGCCACAUAAGAAAAUUCACGUCAAGCGUUUUGGCAAUGCACAUGAGGUCAGGAUCAGCAUUGAGGAUCGAGCAAGUCCGAACACCAAGUCUCAGGAGAUGACCGUUGCCGAAUACUUCAAGAAAAAUCACGGCAUCACGCUGAAGCGCCCUGAACUGCCGUUGCUCAAUGUUGGGACUCGUGACGCUCCGCAAUACCUUCCAAUGGAGCUGUGCUGGGUUAACCCCGGUCAAGCAUAUCGUCGUUUGCUGAGCGGUAACCAGACGUCGGAGAUGCUGAAGUUCGCAGCAAGAUUUCCGAACCUCAACGCGAUGUCUAUUGCUGGCGUUGCGGAUGCGCCUGGAAACGGACUUCGACUGUUGCGCCUGGCCGCUACCGGCGCCACCCCGCAAAAUGAAUCUGUUGGACCGUUUGGUUUUCGCGUGGGGAUCGAUAUGAUCAGCGUCCCUGGUCGCAUCUUACAAGCUCCCAGCGUCAACUACGGCAAGAAAUCAGUGACCCCUCGCAACGGUUCCUGGAAUCUUGCUGGAACCAAAUUUGCCAAGCCUGGGAAAUUCAAUCGCUGGCAAGUCUUGGUGAUCAACCUUUCGGGACGCAAUACUUUGCGAGGUCCAGUCGAAAGCAUUGUUGGCAAGCUCGGAACAGCGCUCAUGGGCUAUGGCAUCAACAUGGGCGAACGUGGACCUACCAUGCAGAUCGAGCUUGAUAGGCUGACCAUGAUGAAUCGCCCGAAAAAUGACGCAGUGCUCAAGGGUGCGUUUGAGAGGGCCGAGGGCAAGAGGGUCGACAUGCUCUUUAUCAUCAUUCCAGAUGUUGAUCGCUGGCUUUAUGCGCGCAUUAAGUUCUUUGGCGACGUCGUACACGGCGUUGGGACAAUCUGCUCCGUGGGCUCGAAACUGGAGAAAGAAAACGGCCAGGAUAUGUACCUUGGCAAUUUGGCGUUGAAAUUCAACUUGAAGGGAGGUGGCAUCUCGCAUAGCGUUGCCAAUACGGUCACGGCGCCCAUUGACGCCAAUACCAUGGUUGUUGGUAUCGAUGUCACCCACCCAUCUCCGGACAGCGCAGAGGACGCACCUAGCGUCUCUUGUGUUGUCGCCAGUGUCGAUAGCCAGAUGUUCCAGUGGCCAGGCAGCAUCAGAAGUCAGAAGGGAAGACAGGAGAUGGUUGAACCCCUCGAGGAGAUGUUCAAUGAGCGUCUGGACGUGUGGGUCCGGAAAAACCAGAAACUCCCCACCAAGGUUGUGGUUUACCGUGAUGGCGUAUCAGAGGGCCAGUAUCAAACCGUCUUGCGCGAGGAGCUGCCUGCUUUCGAGAAUGUUUUCAAAAAGCGCUAUGGCAAGAAGGACAGGUGGCCCAAGAUGGCCAUCAUCAUCGUUGGGAAGCGUCAUCACACACGCUUCUAUCCCACUCGAGUGGAGGACGCGGAUUACAACCCACAGCGAGACAAGGGCUCCUGGAAUCCUCUGCCAGGCACCAUUGUGGAUCGCGGCAUUGUCGGAAAAGUUAUUCGGGAAUUCUACCUGCAGGCUCACCAAGGCCUCCAAGGCACCGCUCGACCGGCGCACUACGUCGUCAUCAAAGACGACAUUUCCUUCACUGCCGACGCACUGGAACAGUUCACCCAUCACCUCUGUUACUUGUUCAAUCGUGCCACUAAAGCGGUUUCUAUAUGUCCGCCCGCAUACUACGCCGACCUUCUUUGCGAGCGUGGCCGCGCGUACCUGUUCAACACCCUCUCGGAGAAUACCUCGAGCGACUCUUCCGUCAUGGGUGACGCGCCUGAGGGGAUCAGCGGUGUUCAUGAUAGGUUGCGAGACACUACUUGGUAUGUCUAGAGCACGACAUCGUGCAACCUUUACUACACGAAUUUCAGCUCGCUGUACUACGCACUGCCUAUCAUUAUCGAAGGGCGGAAGUUCAAGCGGCAUUUGAAGGUAGAACCACUCUGGCAGUCUGGGCAGAAUGAUGGCACAUAUACACGCCCGCAACCAACGGGCGAGUCAUUUUCGGGCCAACUCAACACCCAACACUCGUUUAGAAACAACUUUCUUUUGCAUUACACGAACGGCUUGCAGAUAUGGAAAGGGGCAAGCCAGAAACAAAUUGAAGAACAGAGGUUGUCGUGGUCAUGUCCUCUAUUUACAUGAGGUAAGAAUGCGGUCUCGUUCGCAAUGCCAUGUCUUACAUAGGGACUCGACAAACUAUCUGAUACACCUCGUCGUCAUCAUCGUCAUCAUCGUCAUCAUCACCUCGUAUAACACAACACAACACAUUCUUCUUGUAUUCUGAAGCUUCCGCACUUGAAUAAGUUGGGAUGGGUUGAAUUAACCGACGAAUAA